AUGCGCAUCGGCUGCAACGUCUUAACCCUCUGGUCAAUCUUCAAUAUAGUUGUUGCUCGACUUCCUGGGCGUGGCAGUAAUUCUAUCAUCUUUAACUCGCGAAGUAUCGAGGAAUACCUCAACUCCGAGCCUACAAUCAAAACCGAUGGGUCUUCUAGCUCGUCUGCCCAUCCCAUUAUAGACUGGUUCGAGAGCUCUAUAACUCACUUGAAGUCCUGGGCUAAGUCGGAGCUCCUCAGUUGGGCUUUGGAGAUUGCGGAUACUGUUGAUGAUCAUAUUGAGGGUGUUGAUAUGCUUUACAACUUUGUCCCGAGAUAUGUUGCGACCUUGGACAACGACGGGCAGUGGCAUAGCUUCAGUGGCCGCUGCUUCCGAUCCAUCAAGGUACGCUCAACUGAACAACAAAAUGGCACCAUCGUGAUCGAAGCUGACUACCAAGAUGCCUUCUCUCGAACUUGUGCUGAAUAUAUUGUAUACGGUAACGCUGAUGACUUCUCUGCGCGAUAUGAGGAACUGCAUGGCACCAAAAUCUAUACCUGGACUGCUAACAAGGGAAAUAUCUACUUCUUUGAUCUCCGCACUUCGCUGAAAAAUGCAGUUGAAGGCAUCGAUAAAACCGUAGCCUUUUUGCGUGGUCAUGAUCACGCCCUCGACUUCGUUAAACACUUCAUGAACAUCACUUUCGAGAAGCGUACCAACCCUGGUGAAGUUAAGAUAUCUGAGGAAGAUAUUCAUCCUGGUGAUGCCAUUAUGGUCACUUGCAUCGAUGGCCAGAGUACAUCUAUUAUGUGGAGUGGCGGUUCCCUAGCAAGUCAUACUGCGAUGUUCUUGCGUGAGCCCGAGACUCAAAAACUCUACGUUGUUGAAAGCUGGUAUACUGGUGUCCGCAAGCUCACAUUUGAAGAAUAUCUCAAGAACGAUACUGCUCCUUAUAAAAACGCCGUUCACAUUCCUCUGAAGAACGAACUCCGUGACAGCUUCGACAACGAUGCUGCCUGGAAGAAGUUCAUCACCGAGUUCGAGGGCAAUGACUACGGAUUCAAUAACUUCCUCUUCACUAUCGCGGAUACUAUCAAGAGCAAUUAUCCCUGCCUUCCGAUGGAUGACUACCAAACCUGCCUAUCAUGGGAGCUCAUCCAAGUCCUUCUCGGUUUGGUCGAGCGUGUUAGGCCCGAUAUCGCCAACCUGCUUUUCCUCGAGGCCUUAAACCAUCGCAUGAACACAACUGCAUUGAAUGUGAGUGAUCUGCUCAAGAUGGCCGAUGCCAAGCUCAAGGGCGGCUCUGCUGUGCUCCCAACUAUUCCAGAGAAGGACAACUGGACCUACCAUAUCCAUCGUAACGGCCAGGCCGUGAUGGGACCCUCGCGCGUUUGCAGCGCUCUCGUGUGUGAAUUGCUCCGUGCUGGUGGCGCUCUAGGCGACCAUGAGCUCUCCUGUUCUGAGUUCACUCCUUUUGAUAUUUAUAGUAUGGAUAUUUUCACUACUCCUACCCACCAGCUCAAAGGGGACUACGUUAUCAACUUGACCAAACCUGAAGCAUUGCGCCUCGGGCAGAAGUCAGUUACCAGUAAUAUGGCUCAGAGAUGUGGUAGUAUAAUCACCGCGGGUUCUUACUACGUCAGAGAGCCUCAUUGCUAA